AUGAGGAUGUUGCUAAUGCAGAGGAGACUACCAAAGAAGUUCUGGCCAUACAUGAUCAGAGCUGCAGCAUUCAAAAUAAACCUCACUCUGAGCAUUGAUAAUGAGUUCCCUUAUCAAGCAAUGUUUGGCAAGUUGCUGGAGCGAGCUUUAAGACUCCUACAAGUGUUUGGUUGUCUGGCAUGGGUAAAUGUACCCAAAGUCAAAUGGGACAACAAGAAACUGGACCAUCUAGAGAGAAAGGGCUGGCUCUUCUACAGUCUGGACUAUAAUCCAAACAUGUUCUGGAGCAAUUCAGCAAAAUUCAUGGAAUCAAAGUGCUGGUCAGACAGAACAGAGUGGCAACUGGUUGACACAAAGGCACCUCCAGCAAUGAUGACAGAAGAGAAUUUCAAAGAUCUAGGAUAUAACAAAGAAAAUAUAUUUGAUGAAACAGAUGAAGGGCCACUACAAGAAUACAUGGAUAUGGAGACAGAUUCAGAAGAAAGGUUAAGUGGAGGAAUGGCAGAGGUGAUGGAACAAGAAUCAAUUGCCAAAACUCAGAUUGACAGCAAAUUCUUUGGACUCAUGGUGAUGCAACUGGAAUGGAGAAAGAACCUGGACCCAACCAUACAUGAAGCAAUGAGUGGAGAAGACAGAAAGCACUGGGAGGAGGCCAUGUGA